CCCUCUGUUUAACCUUCUGCUUUCCAAACUGCAGUAAUAAACUAAAAUUGUCGAAUGCACUUCCAAAAUGGAAAAAAAAAUUUGCACCCAAUCAGGGGCCGAGAGCAGCGGCCAAUCACAGCCCGGGUUACAUUCUGAAUCCUGGCUUCAUAUAUCUCAAGGAUUCCUUGGCGAGGAAUCAGUCAUGUAAGGAGGUUGUGUUUUACAUUCCUCUCGGCUGUAUGUAUUUGCACGGAUGCAUGCAGAGGAGAUGCUAAUUUCACAGAAAGACCAGCCAGAAUUGGAAAAAAAAGGGGGCUGAGCAAGUGAUAGAUAUAGGGAGAGAAAAAAAAAAAACUACAAGCCCCCCUCUUCUCUCAAGUAACCUGGCAACACAGAAUCAGCAAUUCCAUACAGUUCUCCUUUUUUCUGCAUCUUGUCACCUCUAGCUGCUGCAGGCAAAUCGCAUAUCAAGGUGCCCAGGCUGGAUCCAUCAGCCGUGACAAAUGCAUUUCAAUUAGCAUCCAUCACAAUCCCCGGGCCAUAAAUUAGCCUUAAAAGUUCAUCAGUCGUCUUUUCGGCUUUUAAUUACGCUGGGAUGUCCUUUUCGGUGCGAUCGCGCUGGAUUAUAUCUGGGAGGUCUGGACCGGUUUCAGCAGUGGCUCGUUCUCGUAUAGUGUGACAAGUAGAAUCCUAUUAAGGACAUGAGAAGAUUUAUCUAUUGCAAAGUGGUCCUGGCCACGUCGUUGGUGUGGGUGCUGGUGGAUGUCUUUUUACUCCUCUACUUCAGCGAAUGUAACAAAUGCGAUGACAGGAAGGACAGAUCUCUGCUGCCUGCGCUGAGGGCUGUUAUUUCAAGGAACCAAGAAGGACCAGGAGAGCUGGGGAAGGCGGUGCUGAUCCCGAAGGAUGAUCAGGAGAAAAUGAAAGAAUUAUUCAAGAUCAAUCAGUUUAACCUCAUGGCCAGUGAUCUAAUUGCUUUAAAUAGAAGUUUGCCGGACGUGAGACUGGAAGGAUGUAAGACUAAAGUUUAUCCAGAUGAGCUUCCCAACACCAGCAUAGUAAUCGUAUUCCACAAUGAAGCCUGGAGCACUCUGCUACGGACCGUCCACAGCGUCAUCAACCGAUCCCCGCACCAUCUAUUAUCAGAAAUCAUUCUGGUUGACGAUGCAAGCGAGCGAGAGUUUCUGAAAACUUCAUUGGAAAAUUAUGUCAAGCAAUUGGAAGUUCCUGUUAAAAUUUUGAGGAUGGAACAGAGGUCAGGACUUAUACGGGCACGCCUUAGAGGAGCCAACAUAUCUAGGGGUCAAGUAAUAACUUUCCUCGAUGCUCAUUGUGAAUGCACCAUUGGCUGGUUGGAGCCUCUACUGGCUAGAAUUAAAGAAGACAGGAAAACGGUGGUUUGUCCAAUAAUCGAUGUAAUAAGCGAUGACACAUUCGAGUACAUGGCCGGUUCAGACAUGACUUACGGUGGAUUUAAUUGGAAAUUGAAUUUUCGCUGGUAUCCUGUUCCCCAGAGAGAAAUGGACAGAAGGAAAGGAGACCGAACGCUACCAGUAAGGACACCUACAAUGGCCGGGGGCCUGUUCUCCAUUGACAAGAACUACUUUGAAGAACUCGGGACUUAUGACUCAGGAAUGGACAUAUGGGGAGGAGAAAACCUAGAAAUGUCUUUUAGAAUCUGGCAGUGCGGUGGAUCUCUGGAGAUCGUAACGUGCUCCCAUGUUGGCCAUGUGUUUCGGAAAGCGACUCCUUACACGUUUCCUGGCGGAACGGGUCAUGUGAUCAACAAAAACAACAGGCGGCUCGCAGAGGUGUGGAUGGACGACUUUAAAGACUUCUUCUACAUUAUAUCUCCAGGUGUUGUCAAGGUGGAUUAUGGGGAUGUAACCGAGAGAAAAUCCCUCCGAGAAAGGCUCAAGUGUAAACCGUUUUCUUGGUACCUAGAAAAAAUCUAUCCAGACUCCCAGAUCCCAAGGCGUUACUUUUCUCUUGGUGAGAUCCGAAAUGUGGAAACCAACCAAUGUCUGGAUAAUAUGGGUCGUAAAGAGAAUGAGAAAGUUGGUAUCUUCAAUUGUCAUGGCAUGGGAGGCAACCAGGUCUUUUCUUACACGGCCGAUAAAGAAAUUCGCACAGAUGAUUUGUGCCUGGACGUAUCUCGACUAAACGGCCCAGUCAUCAUGCUCAAGUGUCAUCACAUGCGAGGUAACCAGCUCUGGGAGUAUGACUCUGAGUAUGCGGGUAAAUGGGAAUAUAAUUUUGAGCAUUUCGUACUGAGACAUAUCAACAGCAACCAGUGCUUGGACGAGCCUACAGACGACGAUAAAAUGGUCCCCACCAUGAAAGAGUGCAACGGCAGCCGGUCCCAGCAGUGGCUGUUACGUAACAUGACCUUGAGUGUAUAAAGCUGGAUGGCGAUGGUUGAGGCGCGCCCCCCGAUGUCACGUCUGAGGACCUUCAUUAUCAGCUAUAAGAACACUUGAAUGGAGAUGUCACUUUCUUCACUCUCACUGACAAAAAAUAAUUGAAAAACCUCUCGGAAUCCACCUGGGAGGACAGAAAUAGGACUUUUUCUAAUUAUUGUUCCGUUAACUAUACCUGACUCUACAUGCCCGCCGCAAAUUGUGUCUGUUUACCGGAGGAAUACGAAGGGCGCUCUGGAGGCUGUAAAUACCAAGACAUCCCAGAAUCCACUAUAUUUGUCAAAGAGAUUAAAUGAGAGAAGAUUCCAUAUAUUGUAAUGUAAAAGAAUAUUUUGUUACAAAAACAUAGGAUAUGAACUACACCCAAACACGUGCUUAAGUGAUCAUAGACAACAGUGACGUCCUCACAAGUCCACUUUCUAUUGUGUCUAAGGGAUUUUCGGGAUUUGUUAAGACAUGGUUGGGCUCGUGUAUAAAGAGCGUUAUGUGUUUGACACAUUACUUCUAAUUUCCCAUGACCCUGAUUCUAAAGAUUCCGAAGACAGUUUAAAAAGUUGUUUCUUCUUGAAACCCUAUAGGAAUGAUCUAGCCUAUUAUAUUGGUCUAUAGGGCAAACAUGUAGGGUAGUAGUUUGGGGUGGAUAUCGGUAUGUGCUCCUGGUGCUGUACACAGGGUUGCCACCAGGCCAAUAUAUAUCCCGAUCAAAAAGCAUAGAAGAGACACGGUUACCUGCACUCACCGCUAGGAUUCGGUAGGCCGACUCCGCUUCAACUGCUCACACGGACAUCACCGGUUCCAGACCUGAUGAAGGAGCUCUUCAACUGCUCACACGGACAUCACCGGUUCUAGACCUGAUGCAGGGCGCUCUGAGCGCCCUGCAUCAGGUCUGGAACCAGUGAUGACCAUAUGAGCAGUUAAAGCGGAGUUGGCCGACUGAAGCCUAGCGGUGAGUGCGGGUAACCGUGUCUCUUCUAUGCUAUUUGUAUUAAGCGACUUAGUUCUUUCUGGUUCCCAGCAACGCCAGACCUGCACACUCAGGACUUCGGUCUCCCGCUGUGAUAGAGGUACCGCAGCCAAGUGACCCUUACUACUUUAUAACAAUAGUGGCACUAUACCUUUGAAGAUUUAUAAAUCCCGUUCAGCUGGUAUUGACAUCAGUUGGCUGUGUGGGUAAUCACUUUUAUAAGGGCAUUGUUAUGCUUCCAAGACUUGACCUUGACAUGUCAACAGUAAGGGUGUACAUACCAUAGAGUAAGACCAUGUGGCUUCUAUGAGACCACCGGAUAGAGGUGGCCCCGUCCUGGUCGGUCCCAUUUUGGGUAACAAUGGUGCAAUAUCUUGAUCGAAAUGUCAGACUUCUUGCCAUAGUUUUGAUGAAUUCCCACCAUUUUCUAUCAUAUUUAGUUUGAUACAUGACUCCCUUCCACCAACAGUGUUGAAAAGAUUUAACUAUAGAGGCAGUUCAGUGAAAUCUAGAGUUUAGUUUGGUCCCUGGAACGCGCCAGUCCACUCGAUGUAAUGUACUGCUUGCUUUUUCUGGACCAACAAGAAUGUUUUGAAUUAAACAAGGAUACUGA